GAACGGUAUCUUAUUUAUCGGAAGUGGUGUGGUGACAAAUCGAGUGAACUGCCAGAUAGAUAGUGGAAAAAUGAAGACUAGAAAAUCCCUAGGGGAUAUAUGGACUGUUGUAGCGAUUCUAUGUUGGGUUGGGGCAGCAAGAGGGUUGAUUCAGAACAAUGCCUGCAUUCCGAGAUGUGUGACUUGGCAGGAGCAGAAUACUCUGUGGGCAGCAUCAGAUAGUCAGAAGUUUUGGCAGUGUGUUACUAAUGAACGAAAUGAUUGGAGUGUUAUGCUGCGAACGUGCUCUUUGGGUACAGUUUUCGAUUAUGAGAGCCAGAGCUGUGUUCAUGGACCGCUGAUAGCGAGCAGCCAAUACAAAUGCCGGAACCAAAAUCCAAUGCUGCCACUUCCGGAAGGAUGGGCUGGCGUUUGUCCGGAACCACACUGUGAUACAAUCGAGGGUAUCAAUACGCUGUGGGCAAUUCCUUCACCUGAUUACUUUCUUCAAUGCCGUCCGGAUCCAUCGGGCAUUUGGAUUCUUUGGCAGAUGCCUUGCGCUCCGGCAACAUAUUUCAGCUUCACCGAGCAAGUUUGUGUUUUUUACGAUCAGUGGCUUGCAUGUGAUGGCCAAAUUCCUCCUGGAGAUUUACCACAGCCACCUGUAACUCAACCUCCAGCUCCUCAACCUCCAGUGCCAGAGCCUCCUGCACCUCAGCCUCCUGUACCGGAACCUCCAGCGCCUCAACCUCCAGUCCCUGAACCUCCAGCUCCACAGCCCCCAACUCCUCAACCUCCAACUCCUCAACCUCCAACUCCGCAGCCUCCUACUCCUCAGCCUCCAACUCCUCAACCACCUUAUCCAGAACCUCCGGCACCGCAACCUCCAACUCCUCAACCUCCAGCUCCUCAACCUCCUAGCCCUCAACCUCCCAGUCCUCAACCACCUGCACCCUCACCCGGCGAUGAUAUUGACUUUUGCAUUCAACCACGAUGCGAAACAGAUGAAGACAUUUUGACCCUGUGGCCCUCCUCGAACCCCACUUUCUUCUACCAAUGCCGUCCAGUGAUCGGUGGCUACUGGAUACCGCAGCUGAUGCCAUGUGCACCGUCAGGUACAUUCUUCGACAUCCGUUUCCAGGUCUGUGUUUGGUCUUGGGAAUGGCAAGAUCCGUGCGAUGGAUCACCCGUUACACCUGAUCCAGAGAUACCGGGACCCGAUCCGGAGCAACCUGCUCCUGAACCGGGAACUCCUGCACCAGAACCACAGGUUCCAACUCCAGAGCCCGGAACCCCGGCACCAACGCCUGGAACUCCGCCAACGCCAGAACCUGAAGUUCCAUCUCCCGAACCUCCGGCACCUGAACCUGAAGUUCCGUCUCCCGAACCCGGAACUCCGGCACCAACACCUGGAACUCCGCCAACGCCUCCCGUUACUCCGGACGACGAACUAGAUUUUUGUGUGGAACCACGUUGUGAAACAAUGAGGGAAAUCAAUACGUUGUGGCCGCAUCCGGAUCAACGCUUCUUCUACCAGUGUAGGCCCGCCUUUGGAGGUCACUGGAUUCCUCAGCAAAUGCCUUGUGCACCGGGAACGUACUUCGACGUACGGUUUCAGGUAUGCGUGUGGCCAUCGCAAUGGAAAAAUCCUUGUGGUGACACUGGAACAACGGAAGCACCAACAGAAGAACCGACGGAAGAACCAACGGAAGAACCGACGGAAGAACCAACGGAAGAACCAACAGAAGAACCAACAGAAGAACCAACAGAAGAACCAACAGAAGAACCAACCGAUGAACCAACGGAUGAACCAACCGAUGAACCGAGUACUGAAGAACCUACGGAAGAACCAGGGCCACCUACCCCACCAGCUGAUACGAUUAUCGAUUGCCUGCGACCAAACUGUGCCUACCUUGAGGACUCAACGCUGCUGUGGCCUUCAAUGGAUCCACCCAACUUCUACCGGUGUAUUCACCUGUUGGAAACGGUCUGGUUUGCGUUCCUGGAUUCUUGCCCCCAUGGUACAUAUUUCGACUUCGCUACCCAGAGCUGUAUCGAUCCGGAACAGUGGGUGGAUGUUUGUCCAGCCGAACCAAUUACAACGACCCCGGCUACAACGGUGCCAACGACAGCUGAACCCAAUCCCGAACGACCAAGCAUAGUUAUCUGUGGCUCUCCACGGUGUGACACCGCAGGGGAACGAAGUAUUCGGUGGCCGAGUACCGUCGCAAACCAGUACUACCAAUGUGUGUGGGUUGAGCGACUAUUCCAGUUUAUACCCUUCCCUAGGCGCUGUCCCGAUUUCCUCUUCUUCGAUUUCCUUAAACAGGAAUGCGUAGACCCGUUGGAGUGGAAAGACAUCUGUCCCAUCUACCCAAUGCUACCAGACAACUGUCCCGGCUGUUGUCCCACGUGUCCGCCUGAGGUGGAAGGUCCAACUGAGGAACCCGAUACAACUGAGGAUCCUGAUACAACUGAGGAUCCUGAUCCAACUGAGGAUCCUGAUCCAACUGAGGAUCCUGAUACAACUGAGGAUCCCGAUCCAACAGAAGAUCCUGAUACAACUGAGGAUCCCGAUCCAACCGAAGAUCCUGGUGAUGUGUACCCUUCGAUACCGGAAGAACUGCUGCCAAUCGUUUGUGGACAGCCACGGUGUGAAACCGCUGUUGAAAUGCAGUUCCUGUGGCCAGGAGAUUUGUCCAGUACCUACUAUGUUUGCGAAGAUCGAGGUGGCUGGAAGGAGGCAACGCUCCAGAACUGUGAACCGUCUCUUCAAUUCCACACAGCACGACAAACCUGUGUUCCGGAAGAUGAAUACGAUCCCAACUUUUGCCCGAUCUAUCCAGCAGAGCAAGAAUCGUUCGCUUGUCGGACGAAUUUCAACCCAACCGAGUUCUAUCCGCUAACUUGCGAUACCCCCAACUGUUUUGUAGAGUCACACCGAUCUAUUCGUUGGCCCGCCAAGAGCCAAGACGAGUAUUACAUCUGUGAACAGUUCGGCAUGUCCUUCUUCCCGUCGAUGAAAACAUGUGGCGAAGGACUUAAAUUUGAUUUCUCACUGCAGUGUUGUACUGACUCCGACCAGUACGUCAAUGUGUGCCCAUCUACCGAUCCGAUGCCACCGAUCAUGACAUGUGUGGAGAGCUUCAACCCGAAUGAUAUCCUUCCGGCAACUUGCGACGCUCCGCGGUGUCUGUCCAAUAUUGAAACCCGCAUCUACUGGCCAUCGUCUAACGCUACCGUUUAUUACCAGUGCGAUCAACAACUAUUCGGAGGACUACAGCCACAAUCUCAGGAAUGUCCACCCGGAACACUGUUCGAUUUCUUUCGACAGUGCUGCACAGCUUUCCCUAUCAUACCUGCUCAAGACGUGUGUAGCUUGAUCGACAACAACCAGCAGCCCAAAGAAGAUCCACCAUGCGAUGAACCUCGCUGCCAGACGAUCGAAGAACGGAACUACCUAUGGCCUUCUGCUGAACCAUCCAUGUUCUACAGCUGUGCUCCGCAGUGGGACGGAUCCAGUGUACCGAAUAAGCACCAAUGUCCAUUCGGUUUGCUGUUCCUGGUCGAUCAACAAGCUUGUGGGGAGGCCUCGCAGCACCGGAAUGUUUGUGGCCAGCAGCAGAGCAGCAGUACCGUGUCGACCCAACCAACCCAGAGUACCGGGUCAUCGCCGAUUUUGACGCCGCCACCGUUGGGAAAGUAGUUACCCUACUGCUUGAAGGUGCUGUUAGUUUUAAGCCCCACAAUUUUGUUAGACGAGCGAUUGUUGUUGUUAGUUCAAAUUGCUGAUCAAAAGAAGAUAAAUUAACAAUACUUUUCCACGCAUUCAGUAUUUAACAACUUGUUGUUUGGUGUCUUUCUAUUUAUUGUUGUAAUUCUUGCAUAGCCUGAAUAAAAAUCUGAAUUUUUGAAAACCUCA